AUGUCGUACGGUCCACCCUCGUCACAACAACAAACUCCACCUCCCGCCGAUCGCUUUCGCACCCAUCCCUCACGGCUUGCGAAUCUGCCUCCCUCUUUCGUCCGGCACUUGCAGAGCGGUCGCCGUAACCGCGAUGCUCCCUACGCCAAGCCGGACGGUGGCUCGCUCGCGAGUCGCAUCAGUGGCCCCUCCGGUUCCUCUGCUAAGGGCAAGCGCCGCGGAGCCAAUCUCAACCCCUCCAACAGCAGGCGCGCCCCCGAGGGAACGCCCGACAUUCUGAAGGACAGCGGCUCCCGCGCCGAGCAGAUCAGGCGACAGCAGCACAGCAAGCUCAGUGAGGUCAUCCGCGGCGAGGAGAUUAAGAACUGGUUGCGCUCUCGUCUUGUCGCCCCUGGGGUCGUCAACAUGUCGGAUCUCGCCAAUGACCCAUGGCUCAAGGAGCAUGGCAUCGCGCCCCCAGGCAGCCCUGAGGCUCCUGCAAACGCUGGUCAUGUGUUCUGGAAGCUGAUCCAAACCACCCUCGAGACGCCCGAGAGCCGCAUCGUCACCAUGUCCUUGGCACACAACGGCUUCAAAUCGCUUCACCAACUCUCCAAGUUACCCAUUUGUCUUCCCUACAUCCGCGCACUCGACCUCAGCAACAACCCCAUUGCUAAGAGCGAUGAGCUGAAGCACCUCCAGUCGCCCGGAGAGCAGAAGGGCAAAGCGUCGUCCGCUGCCGGCUCUCUCAAGAGUCUCGUAGAGCUCAAGCUGGAGGGAACCAAGUUCCGCGAGGAGAUGCUCCAGCGCCCUGAUGGUGGCGAGAAGUAUCAGCACGACAUUCUUCGCCGCUUCCCCGGUCUUCUCAUCCUCGACAGCGUGCAGCUGAACCGCAUCGUCUUCCCUCUCGAGCGCAAGCCGAUCGUCAAGCGCACCGAGGAAGAGCGCAAGCCUUUGGCUGCGCGAGCCUUCACCUACCCCAUCGACGUCACGACUGCCUUCGAGGAGAAUGAGGCUUGCAAGUCUGCCGUUAUGGACUUUUGCGGACGCUUCUUCCCUCUCUGGGACAACAACCGAGUGGAGGCGAUGGACUUUUACCACCCGGAGGCCACGAUCUCCAUCUCCGCCAACACGCUUCCAUCACGAUCGGCCCAGGCCACCGAGCUCGCCAAGUCUCGUUCGAGCCGACCUCAGCCAGUUUCGUUCGAGGCUUGGGUGACGCUUCCCGGUCGCAACUUCUUCCGCUCUUGCACGACUGUAGAGCAGCGUGUGAAGACUCUCAAGUCGCCGAUGGACCAGGCGGAGCUUCUUCGAUGGCUCACCAAAUCGGUGCCCGACACGAAGCACCCGCUUGAGGACGCCAGCAAGUGGUCGAUCGAUGCGUGUACUUCGACACCAACAACGACCGCAUCUCGGCCGUUAUCCAGGGAGAGUUCCAAGAGCGUGAGUGCAUUGCGUGAAGGCGUUUACUGA